AUGUCUUCUUCUUGUACAACUGGUUGCAGCUGAUUAUUGCAUCAUCAUCGUCUUCACUCUCCGUCAUUUUACAGAGCUAACAGUUACCUUUGCCUCUCACAGACCGUUAGGUGCUGCCACCUGUUCCUUCUCUUUCUAUAUUAAAUAUCUUUCUUCGGGUGUUGAUUCUAUCUCUGUUUCAAGUUUCUCUCUCUAAACUUGGAAGUUACGAAAACGAAAAUGGAGCGUUCGAUUUCUCUCUCCUUCCUCUCUGUUCUGCUACUGAUUAUCUCUCCUCUGUCUUCGGCCAGCUUCAACGAUGGAAUGGGUUUCGCCAAGUCCAGCUUCCCGUCUGGACAGGCUCAGAAGCUCAUCAGGGACCUCAAUCUGUUCCCCAAACACGAUGUCAACAUCAUCGACGGCACUGAUUCGCUUGAUCAGUCAAAGAAGCUCGUCGAGAAGAGCUUCAGGAUGCCCAACCUCGAUGAUUCUGGUGUCUCCGUCGAGGACCUCGGCCACCAUGCCGGUUACUAUAAGAUUGAACAUUCUUAUGAUGCUAGGAUGUUCUACCUUUACUUCGAGUCACGCAGCAGCAAGAAGGAUCCUGUUGUAAUCUGGCUAACAGGAGGUCCAGGGUGCAGCAGUGAGUUGGCUGUGUUUUAUGAAAAUGGUCCUUUCAAUAUUGCGGACAACUUGUCUCUUGUUUGGAACCCAUAUGGUUGGGAUAAGGCAUCCAAUCUUCUGUAUGUUGACCAACCUACUGGGACUGGAUUUAGUUACAGUUCUGAUAGACGUGAUAUUCGUCACAAUGAAGAAGGAGUCAGUAAUGACCUGUAUGACUUCUUACAGGCAUUCUUUGCUGAGCAUCCUCAUUUAGCAGAAAAUGACUUCUACAUUACUGGAGAAUCAUAUGCUGGGCACUACAUACCUGCUUUUGCUGCUCGAGUCCACCGAGGAAACAAAGUUAAUGAAGGAAUACAUAUAAAUUUAAAGGGAUUUGCCAUUGGCAAUGGACUUACAGAUCCUGCAAUUCAGUACAAGGCUUACACAGAUUAUGCAUUGGACAACAGCAUAAUAACGAAGUCCGAUUAUAAUCAUAUCAACUUGUUGGUUCAACCUUGUGAGCUCGCAAUAAAGCUUUGUGGCACUGAUGGUACAGUCGCUUGCAUGGCUUCUUAUUUUGUCUGCAAUCUCGUCUUCAGUAGCAUCCUAGCACGCGCUGGAAAUAUAAAUUACUAUGACAUCAGGAAGAAAUGUGUGGGAAGUCUUUGCUAUGACUUCUCAAAUAUGGAGAAAUUCUUGAACCAGAAACCUGUGAGAGAUGCACUUGGAGUUGGGGAAAUAGAAUUUGUGUCAUGUAGUCGAACUGUUUAUGAGGCCAUGUUGUUGGACUGGAUGAGGAAUCUCGAAGUUGGUAUUCCUGCUCUUCUUGAUGAUGGAGUGAAGUUGCUUAUAUACGCUGGAGAAUAUGAUCUUAUCUGCAACUGGCUUGGGAAUUCAAGAUGGGUUCAUGCAAUGGAGUGGUCUGGUCAGAAAGAGUUUGGGGCUUCUUCUGAAGUUCCUUUCUUAGUUGAUGGAUCUGAAGCUGGAGUUCUAAAAAGUCACGGACCUCUCAGUUUCCUCAAGGUACAUGACGCAGGCCAUAUGGUUCCCAUGGACCAGCCGAAGGCUGCACUGGAGAUGUUGGUAAGGUGGACUCGGGGCAAUCUUUCUGAAACUGCAACAGAGCCAGAAAAUUUGGUUGCUCAGAUGUGAUCACUUCUCUGGGUGUUGUAUGUUGUUAAGCUUUGUUUUAAAGACUUCGGAAUGCUUUAGGAGAAUAGCCAAUAUAUGUUUUAUGCUGUUUCUCAAUGUGGUUGUAAAUAUUCCGAAACCCAUGAGUUCUGAUAGUUACAGGAACUUACAAACAAUGAACUUAAGGCUCCUUCCAUACAUGGCAAUCCAUAAUUUUCUUUUUCUA